UAGGAGAAAAAAAAGCUACAGUACUAUCGCCGCGUCAGAUGAUUAGCUAAUAGUAAAAACACUGUCAAAAGAUAGAUAGUUCGCCUCUCUUUUCAGCAUUACGGAAGGGUGUAAGUUGUUUAUAAUGUCUAUUGGUCCGUUAUUUACACCUUGAAGACUCUCUCGCAGCCCUGAUAAUGCUGAAAAUGAAACUACCGAUGAAGACAGGCGAGGAAGGAGGCGACGAAACGGCCGAGGACGAUUCAUUGGAUCAGUCGGAGCACCAACAUAUUCCCAGGGCGGUAUCUCCCUCCUCGGUGUCCGACAGGCUGGAGGAGUCGCCCAGACCCCAUGUGCAUCCAUCCCAGCUGGACAAGGAGACUGUUUUCGAGUGGUUCGGCCUACAUCUAAACCCCGCUAAGCGGAUCGAGUUCAUGUGCGGGCUCCUACAUAUGUGCCAACCCCUGGAGCUCCGCUUUUUGGGAUCUUAUUUAGAGGACCUCGCUAGGAAAGACUAUCAUGUUUUACGGGACUUCGAGUUUCGGGCGAAUAGUCCGAGCGAUUUGGGCGUUUUAACGGACGUGAUUGACCCGGUGGUUAGGUCCAAACUCCUAGUCUGCCUGUCCCUCCUCGGGUCUGACAGCAGGGAAUGUGCUGGAAUACUCUUUCGGAUACUGAGCCAUGUAGACCCGGCCUUGUUCUACAAAAAUUAUGACUACUCCCUUCUCCCAAUCAGGGGUCCUCACCACCACCCGUACCAUCCACCGUGUCAUGACGGGAAUGUGUACGGGCGGCCAGAGCAGACCUGCGGCUUCUCCACUAACGAAACUGCGGCUGGACCUCUUGAGCAGUUGGCGCUGCUUUUUACCAUGGCCUCUCUACACCCAGCUUUCCAUUUCCACCAACGGGAGACAGUCCGAGGGCAGCUUGACAAAAUAGAGCUUGCUAUAGAGGAGAGACGUCAAAGUCAGCUUAGAAUAAACGCCCAGACAACGGAGCUAACAGGUCAGAAGGUGGAUUACCUGCCUUCCCCAGCACUUGGUUUGGGAGAGUGUACAGCUUCCCAUCCCCCUUGCCAGAACCGACGUUCCAGCCGCUGGGCUACACAAAGAGAAGCGGUGCAUAUAGAGGGAAUUGUGCUCAGGGGCAUCUCUCGGACCAGAAUAGACAAGGAAUAUAACUUUGAGGUGAAGUGGUCAGACUCUUCUUCUAGCAGUGUGACCAAAACCCAUCUGGAACUGGAGAACUUCCUUCUUAAGCUUCCUAAGGAUCAUUGUGCUGAAUCUUUUGAGAAGAGCAUCCUGAGGCUUCUGAACCAGGGGGACCAGAAUGAGAGCAGGGAGAUGGAGAAGAACCUCAGGGAAAGGUUCCUGUCUGCUCCUCCAGUCUUCAGACAGACCAGAAAGGUCUGCAGCUUCUUCAAUUGUGACUCCAGUUACUCUGCUAAACCUACGUCUUGCAGAUGCAACUGCCAGCUGGGAAAGGCCUAUCAAGGAGACUGCUCCGAUGCCUCCAGUCAGGAGGAAGAGUCGUAUGUUCAGGGACACAAGAAAAAGCAUGGGACCAAGAGUCCAUGUCAAGGUCUCUCUAGUGCCAAAGCCUCCCAGGGGGACAGUUGGAGGGUGGGCCAUGCUGCAGACAUCAAUGGUCCAGCAGAGAGGAGGAAGAAGAGCUGUGCACCCAGGACCAGUCAGGAGGCCGAACAGGUGAAGGACACUGAGAAGCGAAGCCACCCAGUCACUAAAACCAAGAGCAGAGUCCUACCCACAGACAGGGACAAGGGGAAGGGGAAAGGAGCUUCCUUUGUGACCAACGGUACUUCGGUGCCAACUCUGUCUUCUAAGAGGAAAGAGGGGGGUUCUGGUCCAGAUACUUUUGGUGAAACAUCAUCAGAAAGCUACAGCUCUCCAUCCAGCCCUCAACACAGGGGAGCAGAGAGCCUGGAUAGUGAGGAUGACAACAACAAAGAUACAGACAGCCACUCUGAUGACUCAAGUAAAGGUCCCGGCCCUGACAUGUUCUUCACACAUCAGACAGAUCCAGCUGUGGUGGGGGAGGUUUCCUCUGUUCAUCCUCUGUCUUCCAACAACCACCAGGCCCAGAUGGAGCCCCUCUGCCCAGAGGCCAGUACAGAGUUCCACCCUCUGCCCUUCAUGCAUUCUCUGCCCUAUGUGCUCCCCAACGGGGCCACUGAUUCCCCGCUUCCACCGGUCCCUCUUCCCCGCCAAAGCAUCAUCCCUGAUGAGAAGCCAUCAUCUGGGACAAUGAUGAUGCAGAUGCCCCUAGUGCCUCCAGUCAUCCCAGGCCCUGGAAUUGUGGGAGACCCAGAUAAGAGGGACAUGCUCACAACCUUUGGGAUGACACCUAUGGGUCCCCAUCCUCCUGGAAGUCUUGCUGUGCAGAGGUUCAAAACAGUUCUGUCACACAGCCAGGGUGGCACUGAUGGAGCCUCAGGGAGUGGUUGUACUCCUGCUUCACACCAGCCCCUCUCCUCUCCACUCCAGCAGUCUCUGCCCUGCCAAGACCUAGCCAGUGUUGGCUCAGGUCUGGCCUCCUCUCUGACACAUGUGGAGACUUCACAUGCCAAGCACCCCAGCUUAACUUUACCAUCUGGCCUGCCUUCUCCCUACACCCUGCCCACUGUCCCCACAUCAGUCAUGCCUACUGUAGGAGCACCUGCAGCCACUGGAAUAGCCCCAUCUCCUGGACAUGUACAAGCAGCUGUUCCUCCAGCUGUUCCCACCCACACCCCUGGACCAGCCCCAAGCCCCAGCCCAGCACUUACUCACAGCACAGCACACAGUGACUGUACAUCCUACAGCAACAGCAGCGCCACAGGAAGCACCCCUGUUGCCCCUGGCAACCCUAUUACUCUUCAGCAAACCCAGCAGCCACCACCACCACCACAACAACAGCAGCAGCAACAGCAACCAGUGGGUUGUGGGACUUGUGGCUGUCACAACAACUGUGGCGGGCGAGGCAGUGGCAGCAGCAACAGCAGCAGUGCCCCCAGCUGCCAAGCACCCUUAUUCUUCCCUGCCCACCAAAUGGCAGCAGCAGCAGCACGGCAGGUGUUCAGCGUUCCUCCACCACUCUUCCAGAUAACAAACCUGUGCAGUAACAGCUACCUCACCCAGGCCCAGCCUCCUCACCAGGCCAAUGGUGCUGCCACUCUGCCCCCCUUCUUCACCGCCGCGCCGCCUCCUACACACCCGUCCCCCUACGGCCCCCUCCACUCUCACCCUCACAGCCAUGCAGACGUGCCAUCGCACAUGCUGGGCACCCAAGCCGCGGCAGUGGCAGUUGCUGCAGCCGCAAACUACAACCUCCAGCAGCAGAUGGCGCCGGCAGCAUCAUUCUGUCAACGUGUUUACCAGCAUGUGUACCCAAAUCCUCUGGGGAUGCUUCCUGCUGCGACACUGGGCGGAGGCGGAGUCAAUAAGAAGAAUGGCAAUCUGUCCUGUUAUAACUGUGGUGUCAGUGGCCACUACGCUCAGGACUGCAACCAGCCCUCCAUAGACUCCACGCAGCAAGGUGGUUUCCGGUUAAAGUACGCAGCCUCCCACAUUUCAGAAGCAUUUGACAAUGCGGACUGAAGAAGAGGGAGAAGACGGCAAUGACGAAGAAGGAGAAAAGACUAAGAGUUCCUCUGGUCUCGUUUCUAUAGUAACGGUCCUCUGUUCUUGCCCAGGCAAUGUGUGUGAGCAGUGCACUAAAGCUUCUGUGUACUUCAGGAAAAAAAAAAAAAAAAAAAAUCUCAAAAAGAAAGAGCGACCUGCCAAGGGCUCAGUGGACAAAGCCUAAGUACUUGUGCCUGAGAAAAUCUCGUUCCCAUGGAGAUGAUACACUGUCUCGCGCACACCAACAGUCCACGUGACUCCCGGUCCCUUCCCUUUCAGUUUGUUUUUGAUAUUUUUGCACUGAGGGUUGGAAACAUUUAACUUAUUACUUAAUUAUUAGGACGUUGACAGAUUUGGGGGGAAUUUUUUUUGUUUUGUUGUUACAUUUAAAGCGGAGAAUAGUCUCGACUCAAAAAAAAAAAAGGUUCUUCAACACUUAUUUCUAAAAUAGCAUAUUAAUGCGUUUUCCGCAUUAUUACUGUUCACCUGGGAUUUUACUGUCUGACAGAAUUGUAUAGCAGUUUUCAAAGAUUUAAGACGAGAAUCAAAACAGUAAUGGAUUUUAUGUCUGUGUUAAUUUUCAGUUUUGCUGUAAGUUUUGUGAAUGUACACCUUCUCAUUUAAGGAAUCUGACUGUAACUAAAUGUAUGGAACUCAUACAUUUUUUGCCACUUGAUAUAUAUUUGGUUGGAAGUUAAUUGCUGCUUUGUAUUUUAAUUUUAAUUUUAUUCUUUUACUUGGUGAAAUGCACUAUAGUGAACCAGGAACUGAAGUGCACUAAAACAGUCCUCACCACAACCACGUUGAUGUAAAGAUUCAUUCAUUUUCACUAGCAACAGGAAAUAGCAGCGAAUUAAACACUUUGACUGUUUUAGCAUACUUUAGUACUACAGGUGUGAAAUAGCUGUUUAUGGCUAACGUUUUAGAGUGAGUGAGAUCUAAACUAAAAACAACAGAUACUUUAGAAAUCCAACAAGAAGUCUAAAAUCUUUCUACCCUCAUCCCAGUUGAGUGAACUAACAAAAGUCUGCCCACUUCUCUAUCAGUCGUCUACCUUAAACCUAAACCUUUAGUUUAAAGCCAAUUCUAAAUUCUCCUCUUAAACACAGAGAAUACUAAAAUCUAAUGGCUAGAUUCAUACUCUCCUGAAGAUGGCGCUAUUGUACUUCUCUCUUACUCAAAACAGGACUAAAGGUUUUUAACCACUACUGGGAGAACUCUAAAAGGCCUCAGUUUGCUUCAAACAAACAAUAAUGUGUGGUCCAGCCACGUCUUUCAACAAAAAAAUAUGAAAAAUGUUCUACCCAUUCUGACUGACCUCGUUCUAUAUCACAUCACAUCACAUAUUUGAGUGUCAUUUGUGUAAGUCGACUUACGAUAGCUGCGCGGCUCCAUCAGUCUCAUCCACGCUUGACGCCAUUUUUCUGUCACAACUUUGUAUGGAUGGUUGCAGGGCAGCUCGCUCUGUUGGAAGCUGACACCCCCCCGUUCAUAAAGCAGGAACGAUGAUGUUUCCUAAACUGUGGCGAGAAGAGAUUUUACAGGAUGUUACACAUUAGAGAAAAGUAAAGAGUCAUAAAGUCAACAACUUCGUAAUUAUACAGCAACUUCUAUCAAAAACACUAGCCACAAAUAUGCUGCUCGUACCAGACCAAGUCAGGCGGUAUCAGCAGCAACGGCAGUCCCUGAACGUACUGCAAAAUUUGCAUGAGUGAAUUUUUAUUGCUCAUGAUUUUAGCAUUUUAGCUUUGCUUUAAUCCCACCCACUAAAUGGAAACAGUCACGAAUGAGGGCACAACAUCAGGCCUGUCUGAAUCAGAGUAAAUCCCAGAUGUGGGUGGUGAGUCACUGGUCAAACAAGGUUAGGUCUUGGUAGCCAUAACAGUGCGCACUCUCAGACAGUCUCGUCUUAAAAGCAUUCUCGCUGUUGUACUUGGUUGUAGCCAUGAAAAAUGGCAGAGGUCGGGGAAAAAAAAAAAAGAUCUAGCCACUAACUCCACACACGGAACCCAUUGCUGUGUGAAGCUGCUGUGAGAGUUUAGUAAAGUUAAAAACCAAAAAAAGUUCCCCAUUUGAAGCAUACUGAUACUUUAACACAACAGUUUGGUAUUGCUGGGCGCAGCUUCUUUGGGUCUCUAGAGAGGAAUCAGACUGACAACCUUAUAUUUUUAUACAAAUUUUUGAAUGUAGUACAAAUAUAUCAGCUGUUGCCUUCGUGAGUGUACGAGAUGGAGCAGUGGAUCCAGCUUUAAAUGACUUGGGUUGACAUGUAAAGCCUGAUCAUUGAAUUUUCAUUCUGUUUCCACUUGACUUACAGAUUUAUAAACAACACACACACACAUAUUUCUUAAAGAGUUAACAGUUUAACAGCUGGUUCCAUUUUAAGCCUAAAGAACACUGAACACUAAGGAAGGCAAUAUCUGACGUUUUCUGUACUUCUUAAAUGAAUGAAACAGUUUAGUUUUAAUUGCUGAACCAAUAUUUGAUUUGUAGGAAUGAGCUCAUUAACAUUCUCUGAGUGUUUUUU